GUCAAAAACAUGGCGACCUCGAUGUUAUGGAGGAAAGCUAAACGUCUCCUUUCGGCGAGGACUUCGUUUAACUCGUCAUGGAUCCACAGCUCGGCCGCUCUUCCUCAGCAGUCCGACUCUCCUCCUCUUUCCCAGGCAGCGUUCUUCCCGCCGAUGGAAGGCGUCAUGCUGCCGGCAGGAAGCUUCAAGGGUCGGGUGGCAUUCAUCACGGGGGGGGGGACGGGCCUGGGCCGGGCCAUGACCACCACACUGUCUCAUCUGGGAGCCCAGUGUGUCAUCGCCAGCAGGAAGUUGGAGGUUCUGCAGAAAACAGCCGAGGAGAUCAGCUGCCAGACCGGAAACACGGUCCAUGCGGUCCAGUGUGAUGUCAGAGAUCCUGAGGCCGUCUCUUGUUGUGUCGACCAGGUUGAGUCCCUAACUGGACUUCCUGAUGUGAUCAUCAACAACGCAGCAGGAAACUUUGUCUGUCCAUCAGAACAUUUGUCGCCAAACGCCUGGAAAAGCAUCACAGACAUCGUCCUCAACGGGACCGCCUUCAUCACCCUGGAGCUGGGCAAGAGACUGAUCAAGAGUCAGAAAGGUGCAUCUUUCCUCGCCAUAACCACUAUCUACGCUGAGUCGGGUUCUGGGUUUGUGGUCCCGAGUGCAUCGGCAAAGGCUGGGGUGGAGGCGCUCUACAAAUCUCUGGCUGCAGAGUGGGGGCGCUAUGGCCACAGGUUUAACAUAAUCCAGCCUGGACCAAUUAGAACCAAGGGAGCCUUCAGCCGCCUGGACCCAACUGGAACGUUUGAGAAGGCGAUGAUCGGUCGAAUCCCAACCGGUCGACUCGGGACCCCAACGGAGAUCUCAAACCUGGCAGCGUACAUAAGCAGUGACUACGCUACCUGGAUGUCUGGAGCGGUUGUUCGGUUCGAUGGAGGUGAAUACGUGUCGAUGGCUGGGGAGUUUAACGAGCUGCGCAGACUGACUCCAGACCAGUGGAAGGUCAUCGGGAUGAUGACUAGAAGCGCAAAAGGCUCCUAGAAUAAGCUUCUCUAUGGACCACAGAAACCAAGCGACCCGCCCGCCUGCUGAUGUCAUCCUGAUGAGAGAAGAUGAUGGACGUUUAUUAAAAGACAUUAACAGAAACACUUAGUCACGUGACUCGCACCACACGCUUAAUGUGAACUUGCAUACGUUUGUCAGUUUGAUAAUAAAAAAACUCAAGUUUAA